AUGUCCGUCGAGCAUGCAAAUGGAAGCACCGCUGCCCCGGCAGAAGAGACCAAGAAGCCUCCCUUUUCAUGGCUACAACCGCACCCCAUCUUCGUCAUCCUUCUUGUCGGGCCUGACGAGAAGCCGUUUGGGAUCCAGAAGGACUUCUUGUGCCAUCGAUCCGAGUUCUACGGCAGGUACUUUGCCGAGCAAGGCGCCGACGAGGCCGUGGAACACGUCGUCAGGCUGGCCGACACCACGCCGGAAACGUUUGGGCUGGCGCAGAGCUACCUGUUUACCGGGGACGUGGUCGUCCCGCGAGACGAGGCCGUCCCGCCGUACGAGUCGCUCGUGGGGCUCUGGAGCCUGGGCCACAGGCUUGGCAUCGACGGGCUCUGCGAAAAGACCCUCGAGGCCAUGGCCGAGUGCCGCAGGCGGACGGAGCGCAUCCCCUCGACGCCCCUGCUGGUGCGCGUGUGGAGGGACACGCCCGAGGGCUCGUCGAUCCGGACGCUUCUGCUGUCCUGGGCCGCCGAGUACAUGAGGUCGUCGGCUGCUCGGGCCGAGUUUGCCAAGUCCCUGCCGCAGGAGGUGCUCAGCGAGCUGGUGGUGGCCAUGAGCUCGUUUGAGACAGCAGCGCAGCCGAGGCCGUCCGACUCCGAGUCCCCGUCGCGCAGCCUCGCGCCAGACGUGCCGAGGAAGAAUGUGCACUACCUGGACAACCUGAGCGACGACGACAACGACGAGGACGAGGACGAGGACAACGAGGACGACGACGGCAACGACGACGGCAACGACGACAAAGGUCCCAGCAUCAUGAGGAAGAACCGCCGGCUGAGCGGCCCGCCCACCCUCGCGGCAAGGGGCCAGGAGCCGACGCUGGGCCGUAAAGGACAGAUGACGCCUCUCCCCAAGCUGCAGAAACGAAGGGCCGGUGCUGCUUGCGUCGAUGGACGCACUUUCACGGCAGCGCAGAAGCUUGACUUUUGCUCCGAUCUGCUAUCCAGGAUGCUAUCAGGUCCAGGCUUCUGGACAAGAUUAGUAGGGCCAUUCAGGGAUCCGGUCGAGCCAUCCGAGGACGGCGUGCCCGACUACCUGGACAAGGUCAAGAAGCCCAUGGACCUCAGCACCAUGAAGAGCAAAAUGGACCGGCGGGAAUACACGGGCGAGGAAGACUUUCUGGCCGACAUGCGCCAGAUUUUCGAAAACUGCUUCACCUACUGGAAGAGAGGCGACCCGAUGUGGCUCGCGGGCGAAAAGCUACAAAAGACGUUUGAGGAAAAGUUUUUGCACAUGAACAAAUGGAUUUCCAAGAUGGGCGGCGACGAGGGCGAGUAA